AUGUCGAGGGGAAUGACAUUGUCUCGUCCCUUGGACUAUCGUUAUGAUCCUUAUUACAAGAGCAGUAAUAUGCGAGUAACGACUAGAUCCGGCUACAGAGUACAAUUACAGAAUACCGAUGUUGCAGGAUCUGAUAGACCUUUAUUCUUUGCAAUGCCUGUUCGUAAUGCAACAUUAGAUGCAAACGCAGAUGCCCCACCACCAGAAAUUAUACUUGCAAAAAACUUAGGAAAUACAGGACCUAAUACAUCAACAGAGAAAGCAUUAAAUUCAACUUCUAAACAAGAAGACGAAGUUUUCGAAAAAGUAGACAUCAUGACACAGACAAUGUACAGAGAGUCAGAAGCCCAAACAGAUCCAUGGCUCCCAGAUACAACAGAUCACGUUAAACCUCGCGAAUGGUUUGAUGAAGAAGAAUUAGAAAAUAUUUCGCUUGAAGAGCGCCAGCAGAAGCUUGUUGCUCUUGAAGUCGAACAGUGGGCUAAGCGUGAGCGUGCCAUUGUCGAUCUACAACAAAGACGUCUUCAAUUACUUGUCAAUAACUUCCAAGUUCGUGAAGGAAAGGAAGCCACCAAGCGUCGCGAGCGUGUUGAGGCUGUCCUUAAAGCAAGAGAAGAGCAGAGAAAGAAAGGCGUCGAAAUGAUCGAAAAGAAACGUCUGAAAGUCCUUCGUACACUUACAGAACAGAGGCGUCAAAUGACAGCCAAGAAGCAUACAAAGCGCGAUAUCGUCUCAGAUUACGCAGAUCGUGGCAGUAGCGCAUAUGCUCCAUUACGUCGUCAAGGCCGCGCCGAUGCCAUGUGUUACAUGCAUCCCGCUGUCUACGGCAAGCGCGACAUUACAACCGACGAGUCCCUUGCCGCUCUCGAUGAGCUCGAACAAUUAUAUCAUCAAACAACAGUUACUCCUCUCAAAGCGGAGAAGACAAUGCGUCGUGCCGAGCGCAACCACCAAGAAUUCCUUCGUACCGUCGAACGCUCCGUUGACGAGAAGCGUGGCCAAGUCGAACACAAAGUCCAGACCCUCAAAAUUGCUCAGCGCAUUGAGAAGCCACCACCACGUCCACCGACACCAGAAUCCAAGCCAGGUGUUGAGAACGACGAGCGCGAGAUGGCCGUCAUCCUCAUCCAGCGCCUCCUCCGCGGCAGAGCCCUCCAAUCAGAGAUGUACCAUUGUUUGGAGAACCAGCGCCAGUUGAUCCGCGAGUUGAGAACAGUCGAAGCACUCAAGGACGCGGAAGAGACAGCGGAAGACGAGAAGGAGAAGGAAGUCAUCCAACAGGCAAGACAACAGAGAGAACAAGCUGCAACAACACAAGGAAAAGUCGUUGGAGAAAUGCUCGCAUUCCUCAACCACCAACUCAGAAGGAGAUUGGAGGAACGCCGUAUCGACGCGAUGAUGAAACUCGCAGAGAGAGAAAGAAGAAGGAGAGAGGCUGAAGAAAGUGGAAGAAGAGAAGAAGAACUCAAGAGACAAGCAAUUGAAGAUGAGGCAUUCAGGAAAGUUAUGGGAAUUAACUACGAAACUACUGAAUCUUACCUCGAAUCAAUUAUCAACAGAUCAAUCGAAACAGCUGCUGAAGAGUUGGCUACAGCUACUGCUAAGAGAGAUGCUGAGAAGAUCACAAAGUUCACUUCUACAGCUGCAAAUACUCAUGGUGAUUCUGCUAUUGUCGCUAGAGAUUUGGUCGCCGCUUUCUUGUUCCCAGAAGUAGAGAGAGAUUCUAUCAGAAAGAGACUUAGAAUAGAACAGAAGAAGUAUAGAAAGGCUGCUGAAGAUGCUGUUGCUGGUAUUAAGAAUAAGAUUUAA